AUGCAAACUAAUGAUUUUAAGAAUUAAAAUUGUAAAUUUUUCUGAUGUGACAAUAAAUAUUUUUGCUGUGAGAUUUUGACCAUAGAUUUGAAAAUAUUUAAUGAUGUGCAUAUGAGUUUUCUAAAUCUAAAAUAAGUAUUUAGAUAUAUUUGUUUCUACAGCAAAAACAAUAGAAAAGAAAAUUUGUAGUUUUAGAAAAUAUUUAUAAAACAUUAUUAGAAAAAUUGACUUUAGAAAUUAUUUUGGCUUACAUCACUUUUAAAACAAUUUACCAAUCAACACCUACACAACCAUAACCAUGUAGUAGAAUUAGAACAUUAAAUUCUCCAUAAAAAAAACAGGACAUAAAGUCAUAAACUAUUCUAUAGGAAACAAUACAUAUAGAGAGAAUUAUCCAUCUAAGUUGAACCUUUAAGACAAUUAAGAGAAGAUCUUGAACUAAGUAAGGGUAAUUGAUUGAAGAAAUAAAUAAGAAAUAGAAUCAGAAACUAGAUAUUGACAGCACACCAGCAUAACUAAUGGAAGUUAACAUAUCAUUUGAUUUGAUUUAUCCAGCAGUAUUUAGUGCUGUUUAUUCAAUGAGUGUUAAAAUGAUAGAGAAAGAGGUAACUUGUAAUAAAAUAAAAUGUAUUAAAUAGAAUUGUAUAUGAUAUUAUUUAUACAUUUAUAAUUUUAUCUCCAUUAAUAGUAGUACCCUAACAAUUUUCAAAAAUUCCAAUAUACUAUAUACUUUCAAUAAAAUAUAUCUACAAUAAUGUAGUCGCCUAAUGUUUGAAAUGGAAGAAAAAAAUAGCCAAGAAAGAAAGAAAGAAACCGAAGCGGGAGGUUUGGGGGAUAGGUUCGGAGGGUGUAGCGCCUCUUUCUCCCCGUCCGCUAGAUUUUUAUUUUUAUUUUAUUUUUUAAUAAAAAAGAAAGCGAGAAAAAAGGGGUGAGAAAGUGUGAGCGAGAAAGUGAGGGAAAAUUUACAUUUCAAAAGAGAGAGAGAGAGCCCCCUUCUCUUCUCUUCUCUUCCUCCGUAGCGAUCCUUUUUAUAUAAACCGCAAUUUUCUCUCUUCCUCACAUCGAUUCUCCUCCCUUAAACAAACAGCAACCAUCCCCAUUCUCACGAAAAUUAUCCAUCGCUUCGAAAGCAGAUGGCGUCGGCAUCGGAGAUGAAUGAUCUUUCGUUUUCAGUAGUAUCCAUCGUGGAAGAUGUUCUUCAACAGCAUAGCAGCCGAUCAAGCGACGUUGGGCUGUUGGUUCCCCGGAGAGUCGAGGAAUCUUCUCUAAGGAGAUACGAAGCUGCCGGAUGGCUUAGAGAAAUGAUCGGAGUUUCUGGCGGUAGAGAUUUCCCCGCGGAGCCUUCUGAAGAGGAUUUUAGGCUUGGUUUGCGAAGCGGGAUCGUGCUUUGCAAUGUUCUUAACAAAGUUAGUCCUGGAUCCGUCUCAAAGGUUGUUGAAGCGCCUGAUGAUGUUGCAGAUGGAGCUGCACUCUGUGCUUUUCAGUACUUUGAAAACAUCCGGAAUUUUCUUGUUGCUGUAGAGGAGUUGGGGUUGCCAUCGUUUGAAGCUUCUGACAUGGAGAAGGGAGGGAAGUCUAUAAGGAUAGUGAACUGCAUACUUGCACUUAAAUCUUACAGCGAGUGGAAACUGAAGGGUGGAACUGGUCCGUUUAGGUAUGGAUCCAACAUGAAGAAUAAUUUUGGAUCCAGGAAACCAUUUCUCAGAAAAAGCUCAGAGCCCUUCAUGAGCUCCAUGUCAAGAACUCAUCCAUCGACUGAUCAACCUGCGUGUUCUGAUGUUGGGCAAGAAGGUGAUUCUAGAUCUAUCAACGCGCUAGUUCGCUCGUUUAUUUCUGAAAGAAAGCAUGAAGAUAUUCCAACUGUUGUAGAGUCUGUGUUGCACAAAGUUAUGGAAGAAAUCCAGCAGCGGUUGUCAAUCCAAAAUGAAAUGAUGAAAUCAAGUUCAAAGCAUAUUCCAGAAGAUGAUUCAUCCUGCGAGACAGUGGUACAGUCUCAGCAGAGUGACAUAAGACAACAUGAGGAAGCAGAAGACAAUAGUCCCUCACAGGUCGUAGAAGAAAAGAUUCAAAGAGUAAAUUCUGAACACUACGAAGAACAGGAAAUUCUUCUAAAUCAACAAAAGCACAUUCAGGAAUUGAAGCAAACUUUAUACACUACGAAAACGGGAAUGAAACUACUGCAGAAGAAGUAUCAAGAAGACUUUCUUCACCUAGGCACGCAUUUGAAUGGUUUAGCUUACGCGGCUACGGGAUACAAAAGAGUUCUUGAAGAAAACCGAAAAUUGUACAACCUAGUGCAGGACUUAAAAGGAAACAUACGGGUGUACUGUCGGGUUAGGCCAUUCAUGCCCGGCCAACCAACUAGUUUGAGUACCGUGGAAAACAUAGAAGAAGGGACUAUCACGAUCAGAGUGCCAUCGAAGUAUGGGAAAGAAGGACACAAACCAUUCAUGUUCAACAAAGUCUUUGGUCCUUCCGCAACACAAGAGGAAGUAUUUUCAGACAUGCAGCCUUUGGUACGGUCGGUUCUUGAUGGCUACAAUGUCUGCAUCUUUGCUUACGGCCAAACCGGGUCCGGGAAAACUUUUACCAUGUCAGGGCCCAAGGAACUGACUGAAGAAAGCCUAGGUGUGAACUACAGGGCACUAGCAGACCUGUUUCUCUUAUCGGAUCAAAGAAAAGACAUGACCAGCUACGAAAUCUCGGUGCAGAUGCUUGAAAUUUACAACGAGCAAGUCAGAGAUCUACUUGCCACAGAUGCCCAAACUAAAAGGUUGGAAAUCAGAAACAACUCUCACAAUGGAAUUAACGUUCCGGAAGCAAAUCUUGUGCCUGUCUCAUCGAGGGCUGACGUUAUACAGCUGAUGGAUGUGGGACAAAUGAACCGUGCAGUGAGCUCUACAGCCAUGAAUGACAGAAGUAGUCGAUCUCACAGCUGUGUCACUGUUCAUGUUCAAGGCAGAGACCUCACAUCUGGGGCUAUCCUCCAUGGUUCUAUGCAUCUGGUUGAUCUUGCAGGAAGCGAGAGAGUGGACAAGUCCGAGGUGACUGGAGACAGGCUGAAGGAGGCUCAACACAUCAACAAGUCCCUUUCGGCUCUUGGAGAUGUUAUCUCUUCGCUUUCCCAGAAGAAUGCUCAUGUGCCUUACAGAAACAGUAAACUCACCCAGCUGCUGCAGGACUCCCUCGGAGGAUCAGCCAAGACGCUUAUGUUUGUCCACGUUAGUCCAGAAGCUGAAACUGUUGGAGAAACUAUUAGCACUCUGAAGUUUGCUGAACGAGUAGGGAGUGUUGAGCUAGGCGCUGCUCGUGUGAACAAAGAUAACUCAGAGGUCAAGGAGCUUAAAGAACAGAUUGCUAAUCUUAAAAUGGCUCUAGCGAGGAAAGGAAAUGGUAAUGGUAAUGGUAAUGGUAACGAGGCACAACCAACCGCUCCACCACAAAACCAGAGAAUAUCGAGAAGAAGAUCACUUGAAACUCCUAUCUUUCGACCCAAACUUCCUACCAUGGGGAACGCACCAAGCAACCUUAAGCCCCAAGUUAUGGAUCUAAGUGGACCAGAGGCUUUUAGUGAUACUGCAUCUUCAAGAAGACACAGCUUAGAUCUCCAUGAGCUAAUGAAAUCUUCUAUUCCGUCUUGGCCGAGGCAAACUCUCGACACAAACGAAGAGGAUAGAGAGUUUAAGUCAGGGGAGUGGAUAGAUAAACACACAGAGUUGAAUCAAGAUGAUAACUUACUUUCCCCGGAUAAAUUCUACCAGUCAAUAAAUCCUCAACAACUAAACGGUGGGAAACAAGACUUCGAAGUACAGAGUAUUACAGAUAACGAAUCUGAUGGCGUAGCAAGCGACUGCUCAGAUUCUGAUUUGAUGUGGCGACUGAACGUUCAAGUGAAUGUUCCCAGAGUUUCUAAUAAACAAAGUUCAGCAAACCCCAAACCAAAGAAAAUUAAGCCAAAAACUACCAAAGUCUCAGAAACCAGAAGUUUAAUCCCAUCGCUGAUCCCAGCACCAAGCAAGAGACCUCCUAACACCGUGAGCUCGCAGCCGCAGCGACCAACCAGAGAUGGAAGACGCAGACUGAGUUUAGGCAAGUGAACAUGUUUUCACCAGUUUUUGUAAAGAGUUAUAUCAAUGAGACGAGAAAAAAAAAGAUUUGUUUUUGUAUAUUGUGAGCAGGCUUCUGUUUGUUCAAAAGACAAAAUCUCAAAUUUGCUGUUUUGAGUGUGUACAAAGAAUCAUUCCUUUUAUACAAUCUUCUUUUGGUUUUCUCA